AUGGGGUUCCUGCACCAACUGCACCUCCUGCUCUGGAAGAACCUCAGCCUGAAACGCCGGAGCCCGUGGGUGCUGGCCUUCGAGAUUUUCAUACCGCUGGUUCUGUUCUUCAUCCUCCUGGGACUCCGUCAGAAGAAGCCAACUAUUCCUGUCAAAGAAGUCUCCUUCUACUCAGCUGCACCGCUGACAUCCGCUGGGAUUCUCCCUGUGAUGCAGUCACUGUGUCCCGAUGGUCAGAGGGACGAGUUUGGAUUCCUCCAGUAUUCGAAUUCAACGGUCACGCAGCUUCUUGAGCGAAUCAAUGAGGUUGUGGAGGAAAGCAAUCUGUUUGAUCCCGAUCGCCCAGGGCUUGAGGAAGAGCUGGAAUCGCUGCGACGCCAUUUGGAAUCGAUGAGCAACGAUCCGAGCUCAGUUGAAAAUCACUUUAACAGUAGUCAAGGGUUAACUCUCGGGUCAGUUGUGAAAGACAGAGAUGAACUUCGAAACUUUCUCACACACAACUUCUCCAUGUCCAACGAAACAGCUGGCCUUCUGCUGGGAUCAAGUGUCAAUAUGAAGGAGGUGUUCAGACUUUGCUUUGGUUCAUUUCCACCCGCUCUGGACAAUGGUCUGUACAGUGACAGCUGGGAUGAAUUCAGUGCCGGAGAGAAACUUCUUCGGUUGGAAGAACAUCUGCUGGAAGGCUGGAGGAAGCUGGAAGGAGGACUGCUUCACCAAGCACUGAGCGACCCAGAACGUGUGACACACAGACAGACUCUCCUCCACCUGGUGUCCCAGUCACUUGGCCUCACAGGACCCAGCAGUAACAGGGACGGCUAUGACCCACAGGCAUUUGUUCAAGAGAUGGAGAAUAUUCUGUUCACACCAAACGUGUUGGAAUACCUGACGUGCAAGAACGAGGAGGAUAACUUGCAAAAGAUCCUGAUGAUCCCUGAGUCCCAGAAGGCAAACUUGAGUAGUUCCCGGGCAGCUCUUUGCAACAUGACUGCAAAGGUGCGGAAAGAACAUUUUCAAGAGCUUGCCCACGAGCUUCAAAGCCAGGUGGACGUACAGAAAGUGGUCGAUAAGUUGAAGUUGGAUGAGGUGAACAGCACAGCCGUUCAGCAGCACCUCAAAGCCUUGGUUGAGGACCUCAUUGAAGUGGAAAAAAUCCUCAAAGACGUGGAUGCCUUAUCAGGACUUGCUAAAUUGCUCCCGAAGGGGGCCUGCGCCGGGAAGAACCCAGCCACAGCCCCCAACAAUACCAGCUGGAGCAGUAACUUCACGGCCCCCAAUGCCACAUCCGAGGAAGACGAGGAGCAAAAGCAGAAGGAGAAUCCUCACAGCCAGUUUUCAGCUUUCGUUCAGCUUUGGGCUGGACUUCAGCCAAUCUUGUGUGGCAACAUCAGAACUAUCGAACCUGAGGCACUGAAGCAGGGAAACAUGAGCUCACUGGGCUUCACCAGUAAGGAGCAACGUAACCUGGGGCUGCUCGUGCACCUGAUGACCAGCAAUCCCAAAAUCCUGUACUCACCUGUGGGCACAGAAGUGGACAAAGUGAUACAGAAGGCGAAUGAAACCUUUGCUUUUGUCGGGAAUGUGACACACUACGCCACAGUCUGGAUGAAUAUUUCCGCGGAAAUCCGCACGUUCCUGGAGGAAGGCAAGCUACAGAACCGCAUUCGUUGGCUGCAGCAGGUCACCUCUGAACUGAAAAAGCAUCCGGAGGUGUUGAACGCCUCAGACAGCGAUAUCAUCAGGAAUUUCGUCAAUAGCAACUUCUCCAUGCCGAACUCCAGCACACUGCUGAAGCAGCUGGACACCAUCGACAACGCUGCCUGCGGCUGGAUCCAGUUCAUGUCCAAGGUCAGUGUGGACAUCUUCAAAGGAUUCCCAAAUGAAGAGAGCAUCGUGAACUAUACCUUGAACCAAGCAUACCAUGACAAUGUCACAGUCUUUGCCAGCGUGAUAUUUCAGACAAAAGAGGACGGCACCUUGCCUCCUCACGUCAUGCUCAAGAUUCGUCAGAACUCCAGCUUCACUGAGAAAACCAAUGAAAUCCGGAGGGCGUACUGGAGACCAGGUCCCAACACUGGCGGUCGAUUCUAUUUCCUGUACGGCUUUGUCUGGAUACAAGAUAUGAUGGAACGGGCCAUUAUCAACACAUUUGUGGGUCAUGAUGUGGUGGAGCCUGGGAAUUAUGUCCAGAUGUUUCCCUAUCCCUGCUACACUAGGGAUGACUUCCUGUUUGUGAUCGAGCACAUGAUGCCGCUGUGUAUGGUCAUAUCUUGGGUUUACUCGGUGGCUAUGAUGAUUCAGCACAUCGUCGCAGAAAAGGAACAUAGGCUGAAGGAGGUGAUGAAGAUGAUGGGUUUGAACAACGCUGUCCAUUGGGUAGCCUGGUUUAUCACGGGAUUUGUUCAGCUCUCGAUCUCAGUCACUGCACUGACGGCUAUCCUGAAGUAUGGCAAAGUCCUGAUGCACAGCGAUCCCUUUAUCAUCUGGCUUUUCCUUACAAUCUACGCCAUAGCAACCAUCAUGUUCUGUUUCCUGAUCUCUGUGGUCUACUCCAAAGCAAAAUUGGCCUCCGCCUGCGGUGGGAUUAUCUAUUUCCUCAGCUACGUUCCCUACAUGUAUGUGGCUAUCCGCGAGGAAGUGGCUCAUGACAGGAUCACGGCGUUUGAGAAGUGCAUUGCGUCCCUCAUGUCGACGACCGCUUUUGGCUUGGGCUCCAAGUACUUUGCUCUCUACGAAGUAUCAGGGGUGGGGAUACAAUGGCACACCUUGAACCAAUCGCCCGUCGAAGGAGAUGAUUUCAACCUCCUCCUCUCCAUGGUCAUGCUUAUAGUUGAUGCCUCCGUCUACGGCGUGCUGACAUGGUAUAUCGAGGCUGUCCAUCCAGGGAUGUAUGGACUUCCCAGACCGUGGUACUUCCCAUUCCAGAAAUCCUACUGGCUGGGGAAUGGCCGGAUAGAAACCUGGGAAUGGUCUUGGCCUUGGUGCAGGACAAGCCGGCUCAGCAUUAUGGAGGAUGACCAGGCCUGUGCCAUGGAAAACAGAAGAUUGGAAGAGACCCGUGGGAUCGAGGACGAGCCAAGCCACUUGCCUCUCGUCGUCUGCAUCGACAAGCUCACCAAGGUUUACAAGCUCGGCAAGAAGCUGGCUCUGAACAAGCUCAGCCUCAACCUGCACGAGAACCAGGUGGUGUCGUUCCUGGGACACAAUGGGGCCGGCAAAACCACCACAAUGUCUAUCCUGACUGGUUUGUUCCCGCCCUCGGCUGGAUCGGCUACGAUUUACGGGCACGAUAUUCGCACAGAGAUGGACGAAAUCCGGAAGAACCUCGGGAUGUGUCCUCAGCACAACGUGCUGUUUGACAAUCUGACCGUGGAAGAGCAUCUCUGGUUUUACUCACGUUUGAAGGGGAUGGCGGAGGACGAGAUCCGCAAAGAAAUGCACAAAAUGAUUGAAGAUUUGGAGCUCUCCAAUAAGCGUCAUUCCCUGGUACAGACUCUGUCGGGUGGCAUGAAGCGCAAACUGUCAGUUGCCAUUGCCUUUGUUGGAGGAUCCAAAGCAGUCAUAUUGGACGAACCUACAGCUGGAGUUGACCCCUACGCCCGGCGAGCUAUAUGGGAUUUGAUUCUGAAGUACAAGCAAGGUCGAACCAUCCUUCUGUCCACUCAUCACAUGGAUGAGGCAGACCUCCUUGGCGACCGCAUUGCGAUAAUCUCCCACGGAAAGCUGAAGUGCUGCGGAUCGCCGUUGUUCCUCAAGAGUACCUACGGGGACGGUUACAAACUCACAGUCGUGAAGAAACAGUCUGACGCUCAAAACAGCACAGAGUCAGGCCAGAAUCUCAGCCCUCUGUCGCACUGUUUAGUUGGCUGCUGCUCGGAGCCAAAGGUCAGCCAGUUCAUCAGAAAGUACGUAGCAUCGACCAUGCUGAUCUCGGACACCAACACAGAGAUAUCCUACAUCCUGCCGUCCGAGGCAGCGAAAAAAGGAUGCUUUGAGAGGCUUUUCCAGGCCCUGGAUUUCAACCUGGAGGAUCUGAACCUGACCAGCUUUGGUCUGAUGGACACUACGCUGGAGGAGGUCUUUCUGAAGGUUUCGGAAGAGGAUCAGUCUUUGGAGAACAGCGACAUAGACGACAAAGAUUCCGGGAAGGAGGUCUUACAGACGCCGCAGGCCGGGAGUAAAAAUGGCCGUCACAAGGAGGUCCCUGAACAAGGCAAUCUGAACAAGCCGGAAGAUAUUCUGAGCAAUUUGGUCACCUGCUCAAGGCUCAGCCAGUCCCAAUCCUCUGUCCAUUCUUCUUCUUCUGUGGGUUCUGUCCGAGGGGACGAGAUGGCAGGCUAUUCAGAAUUCUACGGAGAUUACGCACCACUCUUUGAUAACCUGAACGAUCCAGACAACCUCAGUUUACAAGCGGAAGCAGAACCAAAGAGCUUCGUCCUAGAGGGCCAAGGCAGCUUCAAGCUGGAGGGUUCCUGGUUGAAACUCUGUCAGUUCCACGGGCUGAUCGUGAAGCGGUACCACUGUGCGAAGCGCAACACGAAAGGAUUGUUCUCCCAGAUCCUGCUCCCAGCGUUCUUCGUGUGUGUGGCAAUGACGGUCGCUCUCUCGGUACCCGAAAUAGGUGACUUGCCUCCUCUGAUCCUUUCCCCAUCUCAGUAUCACAAUUACACCCAGCCACGAGGAAACUUCAUACCAUAUGCGGACGAAGAAAGAAACGAAUACAGGAUAAAGUUAUCCCCGGAUGCCAGCCCCCAGCAGAUCGCAAAGACCUUCCAUCUUCCUUCAGGGAUCGGUGCCACCUGUGUCCUUAAGACUCCGUACAACAGCACGUUAGACCAGCUGGUCCAGACCCUCAACCUCUCCACCAGCGAGACCAAGAUGCUGGCCUCAAAAUACUUCGACUCGAUGUGCCUGGACUCGUUCACCCAGGGCUUGCCACUCUCAAACUUUGUCCCGCUGCCCCCUUCGCCCGCUCCGUCGGAUUUCCCAGAUGGCGGGAUUGAGGAUGGAAUGCACCCUUGGAAUCUCACCACAGUGCCAACGGCAAUCAAAGAACCAUUUACCUCCUCCCCAUCGCUCCCGCAUAAAGUCCACGAGCCAGUGAGAUGCACGUGCUCCAUGCAGGGAACGGGAUUCUCCUGCCCGAGUGGAGUUGGCGGACGCACGCCGCAGAUAAAGGUUGUGACGGGCGAUAUUCUGGUUGACAUCACCGGUCGCAAUGUGUCUGAAUACCUUCUGUUUACCUCCGAUCGCUUCAGGCUGCACAGGUACGGAGGAGUGACUUUCGGGAACGUACAGCGAUCGAUCCCAGCUUCUUUUGGUGCGAAGGCGGCUCCGAUGGUGCGGAAGAUUGCGGUCAGAAGAACUGCACAGGCAUUCUACAACAACAAAGGCUACCACAGCAUGCCCACCUACCUGAAUGCCCUGAACAAUGCCAUUCUCAGAGCCAACCUGCCCAAGACCAAGGGAAACCCCGCUGGAUAUGGUAUCACAGUAACUAAUCAUCCAAUGAACAAGACCAGCGCCAGCCUAUCUCUCGACUACCUUCUGCAGGGCACGGAUGUGGUCAUUGCUAUCUUCAUCAUCGUGGCCAUGUCCUUCGUCCCGGCCAGCUUUGUGGUUUUCCUGGUGGCAGAAAAGUCGACCAAAGCCAAGCACCUGCAGUUUGUCAGUGGAUGUGACCCAGUCAUCUACUGGCUGGCCAACUACGUCUGGGAUAUGCUGAAUUAUUUGGUACCAGCGACCUGCUGCGUCCUUAUACUAUUUGUGUUUGAUCUGCCGGCGUACACCUCCCCCACCAACUUCCCAGCUGUCCUCUCGCUCUUCUUGCUCUACGGAUGGUCAAUCACUCCUAUCAUGUACCCAGCGUCCUUCUGGUUUGAGGUGCCGAGUACAGCCUACGUGUUCCUGAUCGUUAUCAACCUCUUCAUUGGUAUCACAGCAACGGUCGCUACGUUCCUGCUUCAGCUGUUCGAACACGACAAGGACCUGAAAGCUGUGAAUGGUUACCUGAAGUCCUGCUUUCUCAUCUUCCCCAAUUAUAAUCUGGGCCAUGGAUUGAUGGAAAUGGCUUACAAUGAGUACAUAAACGAAUACUACGCAAAAAUAGGUCAGUUUGACAAGAUGAAAUCUCCUUUUGAAUGGGACAUUGUAACGCGGGGCCUGGUGGCCAUGACCAUUGAAGGGUUCGUUGGCUUCUUCAUUACCAUCAUGUGCCAGUAUAACUUCUUCAGAAAGCCACAACGCCUGCCGGUGUCUAACAAGCCCAUCGAAGAUGAUGAUGUGGAUGUGGGGAACGAGAGGAGGAGGGUUCUGCGGGGAGAUGCAGACACCGAUGUUCUUAGAAUUCAAAAUCUAACCAAGGUGUACAAGUCUCGUAAAAUGGGUCGGAUCCUGGCGGUUGAUCGCCUGUGUGUGGGCGUGCGGCCCGGAGAAUGCUUUGGGCUUCUAGGGGUGAACGGAGCUGGCAAGACGACGACGUUUAAGAUGCUGACUGGAGACGAAAGCACCACUGGCGGCGAGGCCUUUGUCAACGGAAACAGUAUCCUUAAGGACUUGCUGAAGGUGCAGCAGAGUAUUGGGUAUUGUCCACAGUUCGAUGCCCUCUUUGACGAGCUCACGGCUCGAGAACACAUGGAACUCUACACGAGACUGCGUGGCGUUCCUUGGAAAGAUGAGGCCAGGGUUAUCAACUGGGCCCUCGACAAGCUGGAACUGACAAAGUAUGCAGACAAACCUGCAGGGACGUACAGCGGAGGGAACAAGAGGAAGCUUUCCACAGCCAUUGCUCUGAUUGGUUAUCCGUCCUUAAUCUUUCUGGAUGAGCCUACUACAGGAAUGGACCCGAAAGCACGACGAUUUCUCUGGAACCUGAUCCUUGACAUCAUCAAAACUGGGAGAUCAGUGGUCCUGACAUCACACAGCAUGGAGGAAUGCGAGGCACUGUGUACCAGACUGGCGAUUAUGGUCAACGGACGUUUCAAGUGCCUCGGCAGCAUCCAGCACCUGAAGAACAGGUUCGGAGACGGUUACACGAUGACUGUCCGCACAAAGUCCAGCCUGAAUGUGAAAGAGGUGGUCCGUUUUUUUAACAGGAAUUUCCCCGAAGCAAUUCUAAAGGAGAGACAUCAUACCAAAGUGCAAUACCAGCUGAAGUCAGAAAACAUCUCGCUGGCACAGGUUUUCAGCAAAAUGGAGCAGGUGGUCGAUGUGCUGAAUAUCGAGGACUACUCGGUCAGCCAGACAACACUGGACAAUGUCUUCGUGAACUUCGCAAAGAAGCAGAGCGAUAACCUGGAGCAACAGGAAACUGUCAGUACCGGGAGCGUGCAGUCCCCGGUGAAGCGAAUUCUCAGCCUGCUGAGGCCAAAGGGAACCACCACCGAACUACAGGCACUGACCGUAGAAGAACCGGAAGAGCUCGAGAGCGACGACGAUGGCUUGAUCAGCUUCGAGGAGGAACGGGCUCAGCUUUCGUUCAACACGGACACGCUGUGCUGAGGGGUUGAGGUGUCAGAACUUGAUUGCUACCUUGGAAGAACUGUACAUGACGUUUGAGAACUUUGAGCGCCGUCCCAGCACAAGAAUAACGACAGUGCCGAGAGGUCACAGUCCUCUUGGUCGCUCGUCCCUUUGAGCUGAAGAAGCACGCACUUCGGGUGGCGGGGCGUUAACCCAUCAACCAGCAGAGAACGCUGCUUCGUUAGCGGGUGUGUGGGUUUCCGCACCCCGUCGAUCGCUUGCGCACCACGUUGACGAAGACGGAUCUCCAAACAGAAGACCUGAGUUCUUUGCAUUUUAUUCAAUGCAGAGCAGUUUAAUUUUAAUGCACUGUCAAAAAAAAAUGUACAGUAUCUGUCUGCCGUGUAUGGAAAAAAAAUAUUUAAAAUUUAUUUUUAAAGAACGUUGUAGAAGUGAUGACGCAGAACCUUUAGAAAUCCUUAUUUUGAAUUACGAAAGCGAAUUGUAAACACUCGGAUAUUAUCUCGGAACCCGCAAAAUGCAUGGUUAUCGUCAGUGUGCCCCAACUUUUAGAUAAAAAAAAGUAUUGUCGCCGUAUUACAAAGAGCCCUUUGUCACUCCAUCUUGCAGGGAUUUCUACAGCAAAAAAAAGAGACAAAAUUCACAUUGCGAGACUACUCGUAACUGUACUUCAAAAACAAAUCUGACCUUUUUCUCUUCUGGUCUUUGUACAUAACAGUAACUUGCACAGUAACAGUCAAUGAAAGGCACUUAAUAUUUGUCGAACAGAAUUAAUCCAUUUACAAUAAACAUUAAGGUUCUUUGAAUGUAAAAGGAAGCAGCUCGAGAGUUAAUCGAGUGCAUCAGAUCCCAUCGAAACUUAACCCAGUCAUUGUUCAUAAUGUUCGGAAAAAUAACUUCCUUCAAAUUCCUCCGUAGGCACGUAAUUAAUAAUUUGGGUGAGACCAACCUGUCUUUUCAAAAAAAAAUCUGUGCUCCCAUUGUUCACUAUUAGGACAUUUUCAUUGGAGUAAUGACAGUUGCCAAUAAAUGUGGAUCUCGCCUUGCUUUAGAACAAUGUUGACCUUUGCCACACCCUUAACCUGCUCUUCCCUUCCAAAAAGAUCAAGUCUGUUGUACGUCUCCCUUUUCCAUCCCCCAGAUUUUUCAGGUUGUUAUUUCCUGCACUCGUUUGAUGUCGCCUUGAUCUGAACAGAUAGCAUCGAUCCGAAAGCAAGAUGUGCGCCAGGCAGCCUGGAUAAGUAAUAAUUCUGGUCCCAUGAUAAUUGUUUGCACCAAAUGAAUGCAGAAUAAAUAGUUUCAAUACCUGCAGUGCAAGGUAGCACUUAAAAUUACCAUGGUCACAAACAGGCCUUGUGUUGUGACCAACGUAUUGGUAAUCCAAUAGGUCUAUUUAGUGUACACAGCAACUCUUGCAGGUUUCCAACCAGGCUCAAGCAAGUCACACCAGCGUUAGUAAUCAAUUGAACUUCACGAUCUCAAACCGCAUUCGAUAUUGACACUAUUAAUCUUUAAUGUUGAUUAUGUAACAACUUCAACCCUGUCUUGGAAAAAAUGCAUUUGGAAUAAAUCGGUUUCAAACACCUUAGUCCAUAAACGCUUGAAAAAGCAAAGUGCAAGGUUUAGGGGCUUGGAGCGACCCCAGGUUUUCUUCAGUGGUACUUUAGUUGCAGGAUGUCUGACUUUCCCACAAAAACUCCCUGCAUGCAAGAGAACAAACAGACUGAGUUUGAGUGUUUAUAACGAAGAGCUAGAAUUUCUCUUGAAUUUCUCUUUUGUUGCAAGUGAGAAGAAGCGACCACAGGAGUGUUCAGAUGUAAUGUAAGUUGCUGUUAUUGGAGAUGGAUGCUGGACAACUGAUCAUCGUUUCUGGAUAGCAACAUCCAGAAACCACUGCAGUUUGACGCAAGGACGACGCACCUAUUUCCCUUUUUUUUGGUGGGGGGUGGGGGGGUCAACCAAGUGUGUCUG